CAGCUUGAGAAGGGGGGCUCCCCGGCGCGUGCCGCUUUUAAAACCGACGAGUCGCCCUGAGACAUCAGUAAAGAAAUCCCCUUCACCACAGGUGUAAGAAGAGAAAUCCUCCACGGCAAAAAUCCCGCUCCCUUAUCCAUAGCCACCCACUUUCCUCCAAAAAGCACAAAACAACAACAUGGAUGGAAUGAACGUGGACGGCGUAAGCACGGAUACAAGGGAGGUGGUUGAACUCGACGUCCAGCAUCCGAGCCUGGGGCGGGGGGAGCAGCGCGAGUACCCACCAGCUUUGGCACUCAUGGCCAGCAGUGACCCACGCGCCUGGCUGGCUCCCGUGCAGGCUGGCACCUGCGCGGCACACGCCGAAUACCUGCUGCACUCGCCCGGCUCGAGCGCGGAAGGCGUGUCCUCUGCCUCCAACUUCAGGAAGAGCAGCAAGAGUCCUGUCAAAGUACGCGAGCUCUGCCGGCUUAAAGGAGCUGUGGCUGCAGAUGAGGGCAGACAGCGGGCCCCAUCCAGCAAAGCGACCAACGUCGUGCAGAAACAGAGGCGCGUGGCUGCCAAUGCCCGGGAGAGGCGAAGGAUGCACGGAUUGAACCACGCUUUCGACGAGCUGCGCAGCGUCAUCCCAGCCUUGGACAAUGACAAGAAGCUCUCCAAAUACGAAACCCUACAGAUGGCCCAGAUCUACAUCAACGCUCUGUCCGACUUGCUUCAGGGCCCCGGUGCUAAAGCCGAUCCGCCAAACUGCGACCUGCUGCCUGCCAACGUGUUCGAGGAGGACCGCUCUUCCAGAGGAUCGCCGAGCGUCUGCCGGAGAGGCGCGGGCGCGGGUUACCCGUACCAGUACGAGGACGCAACUUUCGCUUCUUUCAUGGAGCAAGACCUCCAGUCGCCCUCUGGAACGAGCAAGUCCGGUUCGGAGGCCAGCAAGGACUCGCCUCGGUCGAACCGGAGCGACGGAGAGUUUUCCCCUCACUCGCACUUCAGUGACUCGGACGAAACGCACUUGGAGAUGCAGAGUGAGGACGAGCUGUCGGAACUGAAACUGCCCAAGCACCGCGCUUUUUAGAAAACACACCAACCGGACUGUCCAUCAAUCGUGUCAAUCGCAUAUUUGGGCUUUGUAAUGGGUUGCUUUAUUUAUCCAUUUGUUGUAUGAUCUUUUGACAAUGAUGUUGCUGUUGUGUCUGACGCCAAUAGAUUUAGUUGCCUUCUCGUGACAUUGACCAGACCCCUACGCCAUGUGAACUGCCGCGUGCAGCAGUGCCAUGGGCUCGAAUGUCAUGCAUAAAACUGUCUUCCGUGAACUGUUUUGACACGUGAUUGUCAUGGGCCUAUUUUCAUAGAUACGAUUGAUUUUGAACCCUGUAAGAAUUUGCAACUUCUAAAGUUUACGUGCACUUUAAAAACGGGCCAUAGGCUUGAGAAACACUCUUUUGUCAUGGAACAAGAAAUUUUGUGUUUAUGUAGAAGUAAUGCCAAUUUGAUGAAUAUAUUUAAUAUAGCCAUUAGAUUUUGUACAUCCGUUCGUUUUUAAUAUUUGAUUUCAAUGCAAAGAAGUUGUGUUCUGCUUCUGUAGCUGAAGUAAGCUAUUUAU